UGCAAGUUUUGUACCUGAAGAACAAGAAGGGAAGGCACUUCACAAGAGAUCAGAUCACUCUGUCCUCUCUGGGUAUCAAGAGCUUCCACACAAUAAACAAAGAGGAUAAGGACAACAGUGAAAGAUAAAGUAAGAGGAUACCCCCGCACCUCAAGGCAAAAGGAUCCCCUAGCCCCCACUUCAAAGUCAAAAGUCAGAGCUUAACAGCUAGCUCUUGACAUCUUUCUUCCAUCAAAGAAGCUUCAAAUUCCAACUUAACACAGUUCAUCCCAACCCCUCCCCUCCAAAAACACCCAAAGUCCAACCGACACUUGAAAACUUUCCCCUGUUAUCAAAUUGAGGAGCCAGUGAGACUCGACAAGAAAGAAACUGCAAUUCUGAAAUCUCAACUACUUUCUCAUCCGGCCAGUCCUGAAUCCUUCCAGCCACCAAAAGACAAGCAGAUCACAUGUCUUAUGUUCAGAAAGCUUCCUACUGGAGAAGGAACAUUCCUAAUCUUCUUCUAAACAACUCAAAUUUUCUGUUCCUAUGCCCCUACGUUCAACCACUUCAAAGUAUCCUUUUCUGCAAGGGAGCGAAAAGCAUGUGCUAGAGUGCAUAAAGAGAGGGAAAGGAGGAAAGUUUAAACCCACUCAACAGCUUUCCCUAUCUGAUCUCCAAAUUAGUAUAUCAAUAAUCUCUUCUACUCCAAUCCAGUGCAACCUAACUACCCAAAUAUGGACAUAUCUGGUUCUGCAAGAGAUGCAGAGCAUCAGAAAUUUGCUCUACAAGUAGACUCUGAGCACAAGGCAACUGAAUUCCAAUUAUUCUCCGUUGCUGCACCACAUAUGCGAGCGUUCCACCUGUCAUGGAUAUCCUUCUUUGCUUGCUUUGUGUCCAGUUUUGCAGCCCCUCCCCUCCUUCCUAUCAUACGUGAUAACCUCAACCUAACUGCUACCGAUAUUGGCAAUGCAGGGAUUGCAUCAGUCUCUGGUGCAGUAUUUGCUCGGCUUGCCAUGGGGACUGCAUGUGACCUCGUCGGUCCUCGGCUUGCCUCAGCAUCAUUAAUGCUUGUCACUGCACCUGUAGUCUACUUCACCUCCUGUGCCAACUCUGCCGUCUCAUUCCUCCUUGUCCGCUUUUUCACAGGCUUCUCCCUCGCAACCUUUGUCUCAUGCCAAUAUUGGAUGAGCACCAUGUUCUCUGCUCCCACUGUAGGGCUUGCCAACGGUGUUGCUGGAGGAUGGGGCAAUCUUGGGGGUGGAGCCUCCCAGCUCAUAAUGCCCCUUGUGUUCGAACUCAUCCACCACAUUGGUGCAACAACUUUCACCGCUUGGCGAAUUGCAUUCUUCAUACCUGCCCUAUUCCAGACUUCAACAGCACUAGCAAUCUUCAUCUUCGGCCAAGACCUGCCUGAUGGAAAUUUUUAUCGGCUACAAAAAUCUGGGGAUAAGCAGAAAGAUAAAGUCCCAAAGAUUCUCUACAAUGCGAUCUCCAAUUACAGAGCAUGGAUCUUGGCAUUGACUUAUGGCUAUUGUUUUGGUGUGGAAUUGACAAUAGACAAUAUAAUUGCAGAGUACUUCUACGAUAGGUUCAAUCUGAAGCUCCACACAGCCGGUAUCAUCGCAGCAUCCUCCGGUUUAGCAAAUAUCUUUUCUCGACCAUCUGGAGGACUGCUCUCUGACUUGAUGGCAAAAAGGUAUGGGAUGCGGGGUAGACUCUGGUGCUUGUGGGUGGUGCAGACUAUAGGUGGAGUACUCUGUCUCAUACUUGGGAUAGUGGGAUCUUUAGGUGCAUCCAUUGUUGUGAUGAUCAUUUUCUCAAUCUUUUGCCAAGCUGCAUGUGGACUAACAUUUGGGGUAGUUCCAUUCAUUUCCAGAAGGUCACUGGGAGUAGUAUCUGGAAUGACAGGAGGAGGUGGAAAUGUAGGUGCAGUUUUGACUCAAUUGAUUUUCUUCAGAGGAUCCAGAUAUUCAAAGCAAACAGGGCUAACUCUCAUGGGUAUUAUGAUCAUAUGCUGCACUCUCCCUCUCUGUUUGAUUUACUUCCCACAGUGGGGUGGGAUGUUUUGUGGUCCAACUACUAAAGGGAACACCACAGAAGAAGAAUAUUACUCAUCUGAAUGGAGUUUAAAAGAGAAAGAGAAAGGUUUCCACCUAGCAAGCUUGAAAUUUGCCGACAAUAGCAGAAGUGAAAGAGGACAAAGAGUCACUUCAGCAUCCACACUCUCAGAUGCAACCCCACCGACACAUGCCUGAAUACAGCAUUUGCCAAUCAAUUGUCCCUCUACUAAGAACCACUAGAAAGCUGUGUUAGGAAACUCUUUUUCAGGAAAAUUAAUGCCACAAUGCUUAAGGCUCUGUCUGGUUCCUAGAGAAGUAAAAAGAGGGUAGUGAAAUUAAAUCAGAACUAAAAUGGAAACUUUUGUAAUCAUUGUGUAACAUGAUUGUGUAAACAAAUCAUUCCAAAUCUUGUCAUUAAACUUUUCUUUA